GACACCCUGUGGCCCAAACGUCCACGCGAUCUCAGCACACCAUCUUGCAGCAAAAAGACGCAUAGCAGCCCUGCUGGCGGCUCGUUGCGCUGCAUUAGUUUUAGACAAGCUUGUAUAGUAGAGUGCUCUUCUAGCAAUGUCUGCCGAGGUUCGCGGUGCAGUCAAGCAGCUGAGGACUCAUCAACAAGGACAGUUGGCAAAGUUGCAGAUAAAAUCAGAAGCCGAAGUUGAACUGCUUGAGAAUUUAAACUCUUAUUUUAGGAAAAGAGCGGAGAUCGAAAGCCAGUAUGCUACUGCACUAGAGAAGCUGAGCAAACACUACAUAACCAAAAAGUUCAAACGAACAACGGUUGCGAGCGGUAAUCCAACACCUCUAUCGUCUGCUGAAGAUGCCACAGCGGGUGCCCUAUAUGCAUCAUUCUCUGCUGUAUUGACCGAAUCCGAAAAGCAAGCUCGAAAACGAGGUGACAUCAGUGAGAAACUUGUCGCAGAUAUUGCGGACAAUAUCAGGGAGCUAAACAAGGAAAGGGCCGCGGGUGCAAAGAGGAACCUUGAAUUUGGGACGAAAUACCACCAAGAACUGUGGACAGCCUAUGAUGAGCUCGAUAAGGCUAGGCAAGCGUAUGACAAAACAGCGAAGGAAGCUGAAUCUGCGCGGAAAAAAUAUGACGACAUUUCGAGGAAGCCGGGCUCUGGGCUGAAUGCCAUUAAAAACCUUGUUACUGGUACGGACUCGGAAGAGCGUGUGGAAAAGCAUAGAACCAAGUGGAAAGCUUUGAGCCGAAAGUUGAACGACAGUCGAAAUGACUACAUCCUCGCUUUGGAAGGCGUUAACGUCAUACAAGCAGCGUAUUAUAAAGAGGAACUGCCCAACUUGAUGCUAAAUCUGGACGCAAACUUUUAUACUGUCUAUCCCUCAUUGUUGGAAAAGUACGCUGGCCUGGAGAGCGACUACACUGGCGCUUUACAAACAAGUGUAGAGACCGUACGAACCUCACUCGGAAAUGUGGAUCGUAACAAGGAAUUGGAUAACUUUUUGCGGGAUCACAAUGCUAUCUUUCAAGAUCCAGGGCCGUUCCAUUUCGAGCCCGGUGCUGGGGAUGAUGUGGAGCAUCUCACUGUGGACGACGUGACAAAAGUGGCGUUGGGACAACGCCUUGGCAGGUUAAUGAAUCGAGAGGAAGAGAUAAACAAUCACAUUGCACUGAAAGAGCGGGAGCUUGGUGGUGUGACACAGAUGGCAGAUGUCUAUAGUCAAACACCAUCAUUUGGUAACGCAGCGACGCCAUUAGAGCAAAGGCAAGAGAUUGAGAAUGGCAUCCGCCUAUUGAAUGCCGCAAAGGUCAAAGUUGCAGCCCAAAUCCGAAUAUUGAAGAACAUGGGAGUGGAGGCCAUCAUCCCAGUAGCUCCGGUUACCGCUGCUCCGACCAUGUCGCUUGCAUCGAAAGCAAACGCGGUCGCAAUCUACGACUACGACGCGAAAGGUGAAGGAGAGACAUCCCUACGCAAUGGCGACGACCUUGUGAUAGUUGUGCCGGAAUCUGAUGGCUGGGUCAAGGUUCAAAAUCUUAUUAGCCAGGGAGUCGGGUUAGUUCCCGCAAAUUACAUUAAGAAUCUAGAGCCAGUUAAUGGAUCUGGGCCGGCUCCAUCCACAUUGUCUCCUGCGGGACCAAAGAUAUCUGAUUCGCCCAAGUCCAAACAAGUGAAAGCACUUUACGAUUUCAAUGCCACUGAUGAGGGCGAGUUGUCUUUCCGAGCUGGAGACAGUAUCGAGGUGGUGGACACGAGUGGAGACUUUAGCGACGAAGCCUGGUGGGAAGGUCGCGUCGCACGCACUGGACAGAUUGGUCAAUUUCCUGUCGUCUUCACACAAGGAUGGCAAGCACUCGCAGCCUCCGCGCCAAGCAGCAUAACAACGUCAGUCGCUAGUCUAGCCAGAUCCGUUUCGACACAGCAGCAUCGGACGUCCAUGCUUGAUACAUCUUCAUCGCGAAGAUCAUCUACUGUUAUGCGUCCGGUGUCGUCUGUGCCGAAAUAUCCCAAAGUUCGGGCAAUGUAUGCAUACGACAGUACGUGUGAUGGAGAGCUGACCAUGGCUGCCGGUGACAUCAUCACCGUUACGAACAAGAAUACGGGGAGCGACGCAUGGUGGGAAGGGGAGGGCCCACAUGGCAAGGGGCAAUUUCCGGUCAAUUACGUUGAACUCAUAGACACUGCCAGCGAGUCUAGUGCUUCCCUUGGAGCAAUUUCAAAGAGAUCAUCACUGAAUCCUACUCCUACCCCGUCCUACCCACAAGUGAAAGCGCUCUACGAUUACACUGCCAGUGAACCUGACGAGAUAAGCUUCCGGGCCGGCGACAUUAUCCGGGUUACGCAGUCUGCGGAUGCCGACUGGUGGCAAGGGGAGUUGAAUGGGAGGAGCGGAGCAUUUCCCGCUAAUUAUGUGCAAAAAAUAUAAUAUUUUGAACAGUUGUAGACGG